AUGUUAUGUGACGUGCUGACAUGGGCGGCAGGAACUUGUAUCGGUCAUAGAUCAUUUCAGUCUCAUUUAAAGCCGUACUGGGAUAGUGGUUUACGUGAAUACCAUAAACAGAUGCGUCAAAAUAGUUCCCAGUUGUGUCGUGCUGGACGUCCGAGGAACAAAACUAACACAGAGUAUAUGUCCUAUAAGGCGGCAAAGAGGGACUUCCGGCGAGCUCACAGAAAGGCUGCAAGUGAGCAUAUGAGGCAGCUGAACCGGGAAAUUGACGAAUCUGCAGAAAUGAAUACGAAUGAUUUCUGGAAACAGGUUAACACACGUCGUACGACCUAUAACUGUAAUAAGUCCACAUCUGGUAUCAAGUUCGGUGAAAUGGUAUAUCGUGACCAGAAAGCAAUUACGGAACAAUGGGGAUUUUAUUUUGAAAGACUAUAUUCGCCAUCUAACUCUGAACAUUUUGAUGGCAAAUGGCGUGAGCAUGUGUCACAAAACGUCGGACAAUUGCGUGAGGCACUGAUACCUGACAGCAACGCCACAGUAAUGCCCGAAGACAUUGAGAGGUGUAUACGUUCUUGUCCAAAUGGAAAGGCUCCUGGAUAUGAUGGUAUAACAUACGAGCAUCUCAAGCCAGUAGCGAGUGCUAUUUCGCCAUUAUUAGCUAAUCUCUUCACUGCAAUUCUUCGUACAGUGUACAUUCCUGACACUCUCAAGCGUGGUGUAAUAAUAACCCUAAAUAAAGGAGGAUCGAAACUGAAGGACAAUCCGGAUAGCUACAGAGCUAUAACCCUUACCUCUAUUGUGUUAAAGCUCUUUGAAUCUGUACUGCUACAGCGAUGUAGCACAAAUAUGAUGACCGACCUUAACAUUCACCAGUGUGGUUUCCAAGAGGGCCUUGGUUGUCUGAUGACGUCAUUCACGUUAGGCGAAAGUGUUUAUUUUGCACGUGAACAUGGAUCAAAGCUAUACGUGUGCUACCUGGAUGGAUGA